AUGGGGAAGUUUCACGCUCGUCUCUACAAGACUGACCGUGCGCGGGAUUUCGAUCAUGAACAGGAUCGAUAUGUUCGCAUGCGGCAGAUCUACGAGACUAUCGAUCGCCAGAAUUAUCAAUGGGUCGUUGUGCUUGUCGCCGGUCUGGGGUUCUUCCUCGAUGGAUACACACUCUUUGCCAGUAAUAUGGCCCUUCCGAUGAUAUCCUAUGUUUACUGGAGAGAUGAGGUCUCAUCACUCCGGCUGACUUGCAUCAAUAUUGCGACGUUAGCCGGUACAUUGCUUGGAAUGAUCAUGUUUGGAUUUCUCGCCGACAAAUACGGGCGGAAGAAGAUGUACGGCGCUGAACUGGUGCUGCUAAUCACCGCUACACUGGGUGUGGUCAUGUCGUCUCAAGGCAAAGAUGAUAGCAUGAACAUCUAUGCAUGGUUGAUCUGGUGGAGAAUCUGUGUUGGCAUCGGCGUGGGUGCGGAUUACCCCCUCAGUGCCGUGAUCACGUCUGAAUUUGCUCCGACCAAGCACCGUGCCCGUAUGAUGGCCAGUGUCUUCUUCAUGCAGCCUCUCGGGCAAAUCGCCGGAAAUUUGGUCUCGCUCAUUGUUAUCGCCAUUGCCCGCAAGAAUGGUGACGAGCACAUCACCAGUGUCAUGGACAGUGCGUGGCGCUGGGUACUCGGCAUCGGUGUGGUGCCCGGGGCAAUUGCUACGGUCUUCCGUUUCGCCAUUCCUGAGAGUCCACGCUACCUCGUUGACAUCGAAGACGAUCCCGUCACUGCCGAAUUCGACGCGACUACCCUAUUCAGCGAACCACCUAUCCCUAUGAGCCCUGGUACAUUCGAGACUGGUAGCUUCACUACCGUUACUGUCGGCAGCGGUAUCCAUCUGCCUCCCAUCUCAUCCCUCGCAAGCGAUUCUCUCUACGAAGAUGAAGAGUACGGUUCACGUCUGCCACCCGCGACUCUCAACUCGCACUGGCGACUUGCCCGCACCGAUAUUAUCAGGUACUUCUGGACGGAAGGCAACUGGCGUACACUCGCUGGCACAUCGAUGGCAUGGUUACUUCUUGAUUUCGGUUUCUACGGUAUCUCGCUCUCGAGUCCUCAGUUCCUUGCCAAAACCUGGGGUGCGCUUCACAUCACCGACUCUGAGCCGAACUGGAUGACCGACAGUAGGCCUGGCGCGAGUGUUUACAACAUGUUCUUCGACACCUCCGUCCGCGGUCUUAUCGUCUUGAAUAUCGGCAGUUUCGUUGGCGGUCUUCUCCUCAUUCUCUUCGCCCACCGCAUCGAUCGUGUCGCCCUCCAGAAAUACAUGUUCCUUGCCUUGGCAGUUCUUUUCAUUACCCUCGGAUCCAUUUUCAUCACCCUCACCGACAACCCACCGGCCGUCGUGACAUUGUACAUCCUCGGCCAGAUCCUUUUCAAUUUCGGUAAGUACACACUAACCAUCUCCCACACCUUGCCAUCUAACAUCACCCCAGGCCCCAACGCAACAACUUACAUGAUUCCCGCCGAGAUUUUCCCCACCCGCUACAGAGGCACAUGCCACGGCAUCAGCGCCGGCGCUGGCAAACUAGGCUCGAUCCUCGUCCAAGUUUUCUCUACAUACUACCGCUUCGGCACGGGCCCAGGCAACAUAUCCACCCUCCACCACGGCAUUAUUCUCUUCGUUUUUAGCGCCUGCAUGGUUAUCGGUGCAGCAGUGACACACUUCUGGAUUCCGCCCCUUCAACAACCCAAGGGUAAAAAUAUGAUUUGGGGCGGAAAACCGUACACCCUUGAGACAUUGGCCCUUGGUCGUAUGGGACGCAAGAGUCGCGAUGCGAACCUCAGAAAGAGGUCGUCCAGGCAAAGGGCCAUGUCUUUUAGCGGAUAG